AUGAUGGCAAACAAUAUUCCAAGGAUUGUAUUUAAAAUACUUAUCAUUGGGGAUGCAAAUGUUGGAAAAAGUUGUGUACUACAUCGUUAUGCAGAGGAAAAUUUUAUUGAAACUAUACAGCCAACAGUUGGUGUGGAUUACCGACCAGUGUAUAAAACAUGUAAAGGGAGAAAGACGAAAUUGAUGAUAUGGGAUACUGCAGGUCAAGAAAAGUUUAAGUCCAUUACUAUGUCAUUUUACCACGGAGCGCACGGUGCUCUUCUAACAUACGAUGUAACUCAAAGGCAUACUCUCUACAACCUUCCUAAAUGGCUGUCAGAGCUCAAGAGAAUAUGUGGAAACAUACCUAUUAUAAUCAUUGGUAAUAAAUGGGAUUUAAGGUCAAAGGAUCGAAUUCCAAAAGAAGAAAUUGAAGCAUUUAUCGAAGAGCUGGGCUAUACCCAACGACAUUUCCUGACAAGUGCUUAUACAUCAGAAAACAUCGAGGAGAAUGGAGCUCCUCCGCUCAUAGCCACUCCUGUUACGACACUUUUAAAGGAAAGAAAUGUCCUUAGUCGACGUUUUUUAAAUAAAUGGUAUCCAUGGUCUCCUGAUCGUACACCUUGUGGCUUCUGGUUGUGA